AUGUUUAACUUGGAUACGUAUGCGGGAGACGCUGUUGUAGGUAUCAGCGGUCCUAUGGACUACAAAUAUAUGAAAGUACUGCGUUUUGUGCUCCGCAUUAUAAGUGGUUGGCCAGGAAAGGCCCUCGGCGAGAAAACCCUAAAGAUCGAAGGCAUGGGCCAUGCGUACUACAAUACUAUACUUUCACUAAUAUAUUUGGCCUUAGGCAUAGCUUAUUUGAAGAAGAAUGCUCAUAGAUUCGGGUUUUUGGAACUUGGACAACUGUAUAUAGUGUUACUUAUGAAUAUGUUGUCUACCUCGCGAGCAUUUACCCUGUGCUUAUCGGAAAAGUACCGAACUGUAGCAAAGAUAUUCAUACAAAAAGUUCAUCUGUUUUAUUUCAAGGACAAAUCUGACUAUGCUAUGAGCAUACAUGUAACAGUGCACAGGAUAUCAUAUUUCGCAGCUAUUUACGUGAGUAUAAUGCUCUCCAUAGCGGCCUGUCUGUUCAAUCUGAUACCCAUGUACAACAACUACGCUGCCGGAAACUUCGCCUCGUUCGAUAACUUACAAAAUAAAACGUAUGAACAAGCUAUUUCAUGUUUAUAUCCGUGGAACUUUGAAACUAAUUUCAAGGGAUAUCUUGUUGCAACUCUCAGUGGCUGGUACGGCACAGUAUUGUGUGGCAGCAGCGUAUCCAUGUUCGACCUGUUCCUCUGUCUGAUGAUCUUCAAUCUUUGGGGGCAUUUUAAAAUACUUAUUUACAACCUGGACCACUUUCCACGACCAGCGACUGAAGUGGUUGAUGCCGAGGGGGAGGAAAGAAGCGGGAGGGUUAUAGGGUCCGAAAUGUACUCAGAGAGUGAAUUGGAAGAGGUUGCCAUCAAGUUGAAGGAUUGCAUACAGUAUCAUAUGUUGAUUGUUAACUUUACAAAUAAUAUGUCAGAUGCAUUUGGAAUGGCGCUCUUCAUAUAUUACUCCUUCCAUCAAAUUACUGGCUGUCUACUCUUACUAGAGUGUUCUCAAAUGACGGCUGCAGCCCUGUCGCGUUAUUUACCACUAACGAUAAUCAUGUUCGGAGAGCUGGUCUUACUGUCAAUUAUUUUCGAAACUAUCGGCACAAUGAGUGAGAAAUUAAAGGAUGCGGUAUACAAAAUGCCUUGGGAGUACAUGGACACUAAGAAUCGUAGGACCGUAUUAAUAUUUCUCAUAAAAGUUCAGGAGCCAAUCCAUGUGAAAGCAGGAGGUUUGGUCGAUGUAGGGGUCACGACUAUGGCUUCGAUUCUAAAGACGUCGUUCUCAUAUUUCGCUUUCUUGCGCACAUUUUAA